CAAACUCCGAGCGCACCGCAGCCGCCCCCAACGGAGACCAGAUUCCUUCUGGCCACUUCCUGACGCCCCCGUUUCGUGACCUUGUCCGGUAGAAGGCUAUUUUAUUUUUACAACUGUUCAAGUUUUGACAUACAAGAUGAAGCGAGAUGCCACAAGAAAUGCUGCCUACACUGUGGAUUGUGAAGAUUAUGUGCAUGUGGUAGAAUUUAAUCCCUUUGAGAGUGGGGACUCAGGAAACCUAAUUGCAUAUGGUGGCAGUAAUUAUGUGGUCAUUGGCACGUGUACAUUUCAGGAGGAAGAAGCAGACAUUGCUGGAAUUCAGUAUAAAACACUACGAACACUUCAGCACGGAGUCAGGGUCGAUGGCAUAGCUUGGAGCCCAGAAACUAGACUUGAUUCAUUGCCUCCAGUAAUCAAAUUUUGUACUUCAGCUGCUGAUAUGAAAAUAAGGAUAUUUACUUCAGAUCUUCAAGAUAAAAAUGAAUAUAAGGUUUUAGAGGGCCAUUCAGAUUUCAUUAAUGGUUUGGUGUUUGAGCCCAAAGAGGGUCAAGAACUUGCAAGUGUGAGUGAUGAUCAUACCUGCAGGAUUUGGAACUUGGAAGGAAUGCAGACAGCUCAUUUUGUUCUUCAUUCCCCUGGAAUGAGUGUGUGCUGGCAUCCUGAGGAAACUUUUAAGCUGAUGGUUGCAGAGAAGAGUGGAACAAUCCGGUUUUAUGACCUUUUGGCUCAACAGGCUAUUUUAUCUCUUGAAGCAGAACAGAUGCCAUUAAUGUCAGCCCACUGGUGCUUAAAAAACACCUUCAAAGUUGGAGCUGUUGCAGGAAAUGAUUGGUUAAUUUGGGAUAUUACUCGAUCCAGUUAUCCUCAAGAUAAGAGACCUGUCCACAUGGAUCAAGCCUGCUUAUUCAGGUGGUCUACGGUUAAUGAGAACUUGUUUGCAACCACUGGUUAUCCUGGCAAAAUGGCAAGCCAGUUUCAAAUUCAUCAUUUAGGACACCCUCAGCCUGUUCUCAUUGGUUCUGUAGCCGUUGGAUCUGGCCUUUCCUGGCAUAGAACUCUCCCACUGUGUGCAAUUGGAGGAGACCACAAGCUGCUGUUUUGGGUAACUGAAAUGUAAAACAAAUUUUCUGUGUACCUUAGAUCCAUAAACUUUGUAUUUUUAAUACAUAUUUUGGAGAACUCCCUAUUUUUAUAUCAAAUAUACUAUAAGCUCUAGAAAUGUC